GAAGCCAGCUACCUCGGGACAACACGCUCUUUGUACACUCCGCCAUCUUUCUUUACAUCUCUCUCUCUUUCUCCGUCGAGCAGAUCUCUCGUGAAAAACGACAAUGUCGACCACUUUCAGCGCCUUGGUCUCCACGCAAGCCACUUCUCUGGCAACACCAACGAGGAUUAGUUUCCAGAAGCCAGCUUUGGUUUCGAGGACUUAUCUCUCCUUCAACCUACGCCGUUCAAUCCCUACUCGUCUCUCAGUUUCUUGCGCGGCCAAACCAGAGACAGUUGACAAAGUGUCUGAGAUUGUCAGGAAGCAACCAGUGCAACUCUCACUGAAACCCGAACAAAAAGUCGUUGCAGAAACCAAGUUUGCUGAACUUGGAGCAGAUUCUCUCGACACUGUUGAGAUAGUGAUGGGUUUAGAGGAAGCGUUUGGUAUCGAAAUGGCGGAAGAGAAAGCACAGAAGAUUGCAACAGUUGAGGAAGCUGCUGAACUCAUUGAAGACCUCGUGCUACUGAAGAAGUAAUCUAGUAGUAUUAAUCGCCUCCCAAUGAAGUUAAACCCAUAAGGCUUUGUGUUUGUUGUUUUCAUAUGUUUUUCAGUCAUUUUCUUUUAAUGUGUCGACCUACUACUGUCUUUGUCCUAGUUGUUUGGUAGUAGUAUCUGUAGUCACGGAUUGCUAUUUGUCUCUUCAAACUUUUGGUGCGUAAAAAUUCAGAAUAACAUUUGAAUGAAUCUCAUUUACAUAUGAA